AGAGCAGGAGCCGAGCGAGGCUACAGAGAGAAGCAGCGGCAGAAGGCGGCGUGGAGGGCUGGUUUCCGAACCCCGCACACGGGGGAGCCCUGCAGGACUUUGAUCCGCUGCAGCCUGGCAAACGCGGGACUUUGAGUCACGCUUUUUUUUUUUUUUUUAUUCCCAAGCGGGAGGGGAGGAGGGAGGGUGGCGGGCCGAGGCUGAUCUGAAUUAAAGCUCCCUGGGCAGGAAGGUGCUGCAGGAGGAUGCGAGGGGAAGGCAGCAGCAGUAGAGCCGAGGAGGAGCAGUUGCUACCUGUGUGGCCCGGGGUGCUACGGCAGAGACCUGCUGGAAGCAUCAUGUGAAUAUUUAUUACCCGGUUCGGGUCUUGGCUCGCGGGAAGCGAAUGGGAGGUUUGCCUCCAGGAAGGUGACCCCCCCUUCCUCCCCCAGCGGGAGAUUAUCUGGGGCUCGUGCGGCGAUCGGAGCAGCGUGGAGCGGACCAGAUCUGAUUUCCCAGACAAUGAUCCCAAAGAUGAUAUGAUAAUUGCUGGUGACUGAAAAAGAGAAAGCACUUUGGGGACUGUACUGAAGCAACACAGGGAGCAGGAGGGAGAAAUACUUGUGCCUGCUUCUCCAGCAGUGCUGGCUCUGCAAGCUGUGUGUGCGGUGCAUUUUCAGCAUAGCAGAUUACUAGUCAGGAAACAGCCAGUUCAACAGCUGGACCUGAGACACUCCAGAGUCAAGAGAAGAAGCAGCACCAGCAUGGACAAGGACAGCAUGGGCCUGGCUGACCAGCAGUAUGAAUGUGUGGCUGAGAUUGGUGAAGGAGCCUAUGGGAAGGUGUUCAAGGCCCGAGACUUGAAGAAUGGAGGUCGUUUUGUAGCCUUGAAGAGAGUGCGGGUGCAAACAAGUGAGGAGGGAAUGCCACUCUCCACCAUUCGUGAGGUGGCAGUACUGAGACACCUGGAGACCUUUGAGCACCCCAAUGUGGUCAGGUUAUUUGAUGUAUGCACAGUGUCACGAACAGAUAGAGAGACCAAACUAACACUAGUGUUUGAACAUGUUGAUCAAGACUUGACCACUUACCUGGAUAAAGUUCCGGAGCCUGGAGUGCCUACAGAAACUAUAAAGGACAUGAUGCUUCAGCUGUUGCGAGGGCUGGAUUUUCUGCAUUCACACAGAGUGGUGCACCGUGAUCUGAAACCACAAAAUAUCCUCGUAACAAGCAGUGGGCAGAUAAAAUUAGCCGACUUUGGCCUUGCACGAAUCUACAGUUUUCAGAUGGCUCUUACCUCAGUGGUUGUUACUCUGUGGUACAGAGCUCCAGAAGUUUUGCUUCAAUCCAGCUAUGCAACACCAGUUGAUCUUUGGAGUGUUGGCUGCAUAUUUGCAGAAAUGUUUCGCCGAAAGCCACUUUUUCGUGGAAAUUCAGAUGUUGAUCAGCUAGGAAAAAUCUUUGACGUCAUUGGGCUCCCGGAAGAAGAAGAUUGGCCUAGUGAUGUUGCCCUUCCAAGACAUGCUUUCAAUUCCAGACCCUCACAACCCAUUGAAAAUUUUGUACCAGACAUCGAUGAACUAGGCAAGGACUUACUUCAUAAAUGUUUAGCGUUCAAUCCCACCAAGAGAAUAUCUGCCUAUGUUGCUCUGUCUCACCCUUAUUUCCAUGAUCUGGAGAAAUGCACGGAGAAUCUGGACUCCCAUAUGUCAACUAGCCAAAACUCCAAUGAGGUGAAUACAUCAUAAGGCUAACUGAAGCUGAACCUACAAGUUAACAAAAUGUGUAGCUGACAGUGAUCAUUAUCCCUAGCUGUUCAACUGAAGAUCAUUUUUGGAGAUUUUACAUGUCUGUCUGCUUCUUCAGGACAGUGAUGUGCUCCAAGAAAACCAACCUAGUUUACUUUCAUCAAAGCAAUGCAAGAGUCAGGCCUUUUGCCUGCUCCUAUUGCAGCUUUAUGUGUGUGUGUAUUUUGAUUAACUACCUGGGAAAACUCCAGAUGAAGAGAAGCUGCUGACCAGUUUGCUGCCAUUUUAUUCGUCUCAUAUUAAAUGCUGCCGGUGUACCAGUCACUGCCAAAACAUGAUGCAGUCUCUCCCUCUAGCUGCUGAAGCCUGGUCUGGUAUUUUUUUAUUGUUAUUUUGGGAUCUCUUAAAGUGAUAUUUAAAAGAAUGGCAUUGAAAUGUUGGAUCUCUACAACCCACAAAUAAUUGGAAAAGUACAUGAAUGCAUUUAGCUACUGUGAGUAACAUACAAGGGCAUGCUUUUCCAGUUGAAAACUUGGACAAAUAAUUUUAUUUCUUCGUUACUGUCCAUAAAAAUGAUGAUGAUGAUAAACUGAACAUUAACUAGAUGAGUUUAUGUGCAUGUUGCAAAAAAUAAGUUUAAAAAACCUCUAGGAAUGUAUUUUUUAAAGACUCUCUCUUCUCCACAAAAAAAUCAUUUGCUCAUUUGGAAUCAGUCAAUGCAGUCUAACUUGUUUAUUUCUUUCUCAAAACAAUUGCAAGCACAUGUUCAUGAUCUAGUACAGAAUGUUAUAAUAUGCAGCUCAAUGAGGUAGAUAGAGCUGAUGAAAAUCAAAAUACUGUUUCCCAUUGUAAUAUAUACUUAUUAGUAACCAAAAAGAAAAAUGUUUCCUGUUUUACAAGCAGAGAAUUAUCUGAUUACAAUGAAGAACAACUUACUGCAUACAUGCUAUAUUAGACAGAAUAUAUUGUGCUGCUUUACUUGUAACAUACAACUUAUACAACACAGUGCAUGAACAUUACUCAUAUGUCAUUUACUAGCAGAUUUUUUUCUGUUUAGAAAUUCAUGAGCUGCCCUCCUAAACCACCAUGUGAGUAUAUUGGCACACCAUUAUUUCU